AUGGCUGAACAAACCAACGAACUCAAACCAACAAAAUCUUUGACGCCGUCUGCUCGAUACCGAGCAGACCUCGAGCAUUUUGAACGACAUGAUGGUCGCGCAGCAUAUCACUUGAAUAUGGCGGAGAUCAAGCUUCUUGGGAUCACUGGGGUUGGAUUCUUCCUCGAUGCUUACGACCUUUUCAUCAUCAAUCCGGUAGCGACCAUGCUUCAAUACCGAUUGUAUGAGGGUAACCACCUCCCGACCAAUCUUGAAGGUUUUAUGAAAGCUGGUGCCAAUAUUGGUAGUGUAGUAGGGCAAUUCGCUUUUGGAUACGCCGCCGAUUCAUUGGGGCGAAAGGCCGUUUACGGAAAGGAGCUGAUGCUCAUUAUCCUUGCCACUAUCCUGACCCUCACGACGCCCACUGGAACGCUUAGCCCCGACUCAUGUUUAAUUUAUUUGGGCGUGUUCCGCAUCCUGCUUGGUAUCGGCGUGGGUGGAGACUACCCAAUGUCCGCGUCCGUCACCUCCGAUCGCGCCAACAUCCGCAAACGCGGUACAAUGCUCGCGUACAUUUUUGCGAACCAGGGAUGGGGUAGCUUCGCUGGAUCUCUGGCUACUAUCAUCGUUUUGCUGUGUUACAAGUCAUCGAUGGAAGGACGUGGCGAGACCUCAAAAGUGGAUGGAGUGUGGCGAAUCAUCGUUGGCAUAUCACUCGUGCCGGCAUUCGGAACUCUUUAUCAACGUCUCACUCUCCCUGAAUCUACGCGUUAUCUCUCCGCUCAAAAACAUAAAGAAGCGAUGGAAGCCGAAGCCACAGAUGAAAUCAGUCAGCUGAAGAAGGCCCAGGCAGAAGAAGAAAUCAAAAUGGCUAACUUGUCCGGAGCAAAGAAGGAUGAAAGUGUCACUACCGAAACCCGCAAGGGAUCAGAAACAUCAAGUGAUAUCGAGAAUACCGAAGAGGACCCAGAGGUGUUGGUAAAAAAAUCUGCUCAUUUCAAAGAAUUUUUUGAUUACUUCUCGGAAUGGCGUCAUGCAAAGUUGCUCAUUGGUACAUCUGUUUGCUGGUUCCUGCUCGAUAUCGCGUUUUAUGGCAUCAACUUGAACCAAAACGUUGUCCUUCAGCAAAUAGGCUUCGACGGCUCUAGCGGAACGCCUUGGAAUCGUCUUUUCAAGAUUUCAACUGGAGGAAUUAUUAUCACCGCACUUGGGUUCGUUCCUGGAUACUAUGUCUCUGUGCUCACAAUCGAGGUCCUGGGACGAAAAUGGAUUCAGGUGCAAGGAUUCUUACUCGCCGCGCUUUUCCUCGGUAUCUUGGCUGGAUGCUUCGAAACGCUGAGCAAAGUUUCAUUCAUCGUGUGCUUCGCCUUCCUCCAGUUCUUCUUCAACUUCGGCGCCAACACGUUCAAGGCUUCCGCUCAUGGAAUGUCAGCCGCCGCUGGAAAGGCCGGCGCCAUCAUCUCUGCUCUUGCGUUCAAUUCGCUGAGCAAAAGUAUCGGAACACCCGCCUGCUUAUGGAUUUUCAUGGGUUGCUGUAUCGCCGGUGCAGGGUUCACUUUCCUUCUUCCGGAGGUGAAAGGCCGUGACGCUGACCUGAUUUACGCCGAAGAGCUGCGAGCAAAGAAAGAAGCAAAGGCGAAAGCUAACCAAGCUAAGCAAUAA